AUGGUCAACUACAAGCAACUCAGCCUCGCUGGACUGGUCUGGCUUGGCCUUGCUAGCCAGGGUCUGGCCUUGGGAAUUGAUGAGAACACCAAUGAUUUCACUCUCCUGGCGAGGGCUGAGAUCGAGGAAGUCUACGAGCGCGACUUUGACGACGAGUUAUACACUCGAGACAUUGACGACGAGUUGUAUGAGCGAGACUUUGAUGACGAGCUGUACGAGCGCGACUUUGACGACGACCUCUACGAGCGAGACUUUGAAUACGCUGAACUUGAGCCCCGAGGGCCGGGCGAUGCGAUCUUUGGCAAAGAGAGGACCAUCGGCGGAAGACCUGCAAACUAUUACGGGAAUGACCGUGCAAACGCUGCCCAGGCAGCUCGUACGAAGUGGGCCAAGGACCAGAUAUUGAACAAGCCCGCUCCGCCGGCUCGGAAGUCUACCUGGAAGAGCAAGCGAGGACCGGGUGAUCUGAUCUUCGGCAAAGAGAAGACCAUAAGCUACAACCCAGCAGACAAGUACCAGAAGCAGAUUGACCGCGAGAAGGCUGCCCAGAAAUCUCGUACCCAGUGGGCCAAGGACCAGAUAUUGAACAAGCCUGCUCCGCCGGCUCGGAAGUCUACAUGGAAAAGUAAGCGAGGACCGGGUGAUCUGAUCUUCGGCAAAGAGAAGACCAUAAGCUACAACCCAGCAGACAAGUACCAGAAGCAGAUUGACCGCGAGAAGGCUGCCCAGAAAUCUCGUACCCAGUGGGCCAAGGACCAGAUAUUGAACAAGCCCGCUCCGCCGGCUCGGAAGUCUACAUGGAAGCCUUAG